AUUUUGUCUUAUAAAACUACAUCACUGUACAGGUCCAGGGCAGAAAUACCGCCUUUUUUUCAUACCGCUUCCUGGAAAGAAAAAAGAAGGUGAACCGCUUUUUCUCUUCUUGAUGACAUUGUCCAGUGACAUUGACAGCAGGAAGAGGAAUGUGAGACGGUUUUCCUAUCUGUUUAAACAAAUAGACGGUACAAAGAACACACUACUGCACAGCGCAGAGAUACUGUUUUCACACAUACACAGAUACUGUAACGGUCCCAAGGUGAAGUAGCCAUGCCUCGCAUCGAGAACGACAUCAAACUCGACUUCAAGGACGUUUUACUCCGUCCCAAACGCAGCACGCUCAAAUCCCGCAGUGAGGUGGAUCUGAUGCGCAGCUUUACUUUCCGAAACUCAAAAGGCAGUUACAGAGGUAUUCCCAUCAUCGCUGCAAACAUGGACACGGUUGGAACCUUUGGAAUGGCUGUGGCAAUGCAUUCAUUCUCACUUUUCACAGCUAUCCAUAAACAUUACUCUACAGACGACUGGAAAGAGUUUGCAGAGAAGCACCCAGAAUGCUUAGAGAGUGUGGCCGUCAGUACCGGAACAGGCGAGACCGAUUUCGAGAAGCUCGCUGCUAUUUUGGCAGCUGUGCCUCAGAUCCAGUACAUUUGUGUCGACGUAGCGAACGGUUACUCAGAACACUUCGUGCAUUUUGUCAAGGACGUGAGGCAGAAGUUCCCUUCACACACCAUCAUGGCUGGUAAUGUGGUCACGGGAGAGAUGGUGGAGGAGCUGAUUCUCGCUGGUGCUGACAUCAUUAAAGUGGGCAUCGGUCCAGGCUCAGUGUGUACAACCCGGAAGAAGACAGGUGUGGGCUACCCUCAGCUGAGUGCUGUAAUCGAGUGUGCUGAUGCUGCACAUGGCCUGGGUGGACACAUCAUCUCUGAUGGAGGAUGUACCUGUCCUGGUGAUGUCUCUAAGGCUUUUGGUGCGGGGGCGGACUUUGUGAUGCUGGGUGGAAUGCUGGCAGGUCACGCUGAGAGCGGUGGUGAGACCAUCGAGAAAAACGGCAAAAAGUACAAACUGUUCUACGGCAUGAGCUCUGACACGGCCAUGAAGAAGCAUUCAGGAGGAGUGGCAGAGUACAGGGCAUCUGAGGGUAAGACAGUGGAGGUGCCCUAUAAAGGGCCAGUGGAUGUCACUCUGAAGGACAUACUCGGUGGUGUUCGCUCUACCUGCACCUACGUGGGAGCUGCUAAGCUGAAGGAGCUGAGUCGCCGCACCACCUUCAUUAGAGUGACUCAACAACUAAACACUGUGUAUGGGAACAACGACUAAGACAUCGCUAUUGCUCAUGAAUGCUGGUCUGGUGUGACAGAUUUACUGCAUUAGUUAAACUAAAGAGCUGAACUAUGCCAGAUUCAUGCAAAGUUUUAGAAUUUAUACAUCUUUUGUUUGACAAUCACACACAUUGCACACAGCAUCACACAGUGACAAACCUCACACCUUAUCCCACACUAGUGUUAUGGUUGUGAAUAUCAGGGCUAAGAGAAAUUUACCUUCUUAGCCUUCACAUGAAGGUACAGUUUAGCUUGAAAAUGUUUUCACUUCGGUUACUUCAUUGACACUGUGUCUUAAGAACAAGCCAAAUCCUGUUAAAGGGCUUGUGAUUUCUUCCAUUUAUUGUAGUAACUAUUUUAUUAAAGUACUUCUUUAUAGGUCAUGUUUUAACUAAUUAUCUGCAGUGUUUGCUGCAGAAUGGACCAAAUCUUAGACAGCACUUGUUCCCAUUCCAUAUCAUUUAGUUUAAUUAAUGUUUUAUAAAUGUCCUCUAUUCUCUGAUGAAUAAAGGAGACGUAUGUACUCCUUGUACUGCA